CGCGCGCGCAUGCGCAGUAGCUGCCAAACUGUUAGAGACGAUAUCAGUUCAUAAGUCGAGUAUAUCGAUCAACACACGCCCCUUUUGUCAAUAGCAACAAGCUGCUUAGGAUGCGACUGGCGUAUUUACUGGCGUUGCUCAGCCUCAGCCUCUGCUGGCGCUGCAGUCGCAGUCAGCUGCUGGUGGAUCUGGUGCGUGACUUUGAGACGACGCUGCGUAACACACGCAUACCGGACACCAAUGAGUUUCUGCCCGAGUACGAUUUCAUCAUUGUGGGCGCCGGCUCGGCGGGCUGUGUGCUGGCCAAUAGGCUGAGCGAAAUUAGCAGCGCGCGUGUGCUGCUGCUGGAGGCGGGAGAUCAGGAGACUUUCAUAAGCGAUGUGCCGUUGACGGCGGCGCUGACACAGACCACGCGCUACAAUUGGGGCUACAAGACAGAGCCCACGCCCAAUGCUUGCCAAGGACUGCGCAAUGGUGUCUGCAACUGGCCCAAGGGACGCGGCGUGGGCGGCACCAGUUUGAUCAACUUUAUGCUCUAUACGCGUGGCCAUCGACGCGACUACGAUGGCUGGGCGGCGGCCAACAACACAGGCUGGUCUUAUGCCGAGGUGCUGCCGUACUUUAAGAAGUCCGAGCGCAUUGGCAUUCCGGAGCUGUACAAGUCGCCGUAUCAUGGCCGCAAGGGCGCACUGGAUGUGCAGUACGCCGACUAUCAGUCGCGGCAGGUCAAAGCUUUUCUCAAGUCGGGACGCGAGCUGGGCUACGACAUCACCGACACCAAUGGCGAGCAGCUGCUGGGCUUCUCGCGUGCGCAGGCCAACAUACGCCAAGGCAGACGCUGCAGCACCAGCAAGGCCUUCAUUCAGCCCAUAGUGCAGCGGCGCAAUCUGCACAUAUCCAUGAAGAGUUGGGUCACCAAGCUGCUCAUUGAUCCCAGCACCAAAAUGGCCGUGGGCGUGGAGUUUGUCAAGCAGCGUCAACGUUUUGUCGUGCGUGCCAGCAAGGAGGUUAUACUGUCUGCUGGUGCCAUAGCCAGUGCACAGCUCUUGAUGUUGUCUGGUGUGGGUCCACGCGCGCAUUUGCAAGAGCUUAACAUAACUGUGCUGCAAGAUCUGCCCGUGGGCUAUAAUCUGCAAGAUCAUGUUACGCUUAAUGGACUCGUUUUUAUGGUCAACGAUUCUACAGUGAACGAUGCGCGCUUGCUCAAUCCCACAGACAUAUUCAGUUACCUGUUUGCCGGACGCGGGCCAUACACAAUUCCCGGCGGUGCCGAGGCCUUUGCCUUUGUGCGCACACCCAGCUCCAGUUAUGCUGCGGACUAUGCGGAUAUGGAGCUGGUCUUGGGCGCUGGCUCUUUGAGUGGCGAUCGCUUUGGCACGCUGCGCGAUCUGUUGGGCAUUACCAAUGAGUUCUAUGAGAAAAUGUAUGCCGAUAUGCAGCAUGAGGAGACCUUUGGCCUGGUGCCCGUCUUGCUGCGUCCCAAGAGCCGCGGGCGCAUUUCUCUACGCAGUCGCAAUCCCUUCCAUUGGCCACGCAUGGAGCCAAACUUUAUGCAAGAGCCAGACGAUGUGCGCGCCAUGAUCGAAGGCAUUGAAAUGAUUCUGCAAAUAGCACACAGCAAGUCUAUGAAGAAGAUUGGCACUCGCUUUCAUGCGCGUGCUUUUCCAGGCUGUGAGCAGCAUCCGUUUGGCGGCCAGGACUAUUGGCGCUGUUGCUUGCGUCUUUAUGGCUCCAGUCUGCAGCAUCAAUGCGGCACAUGCAAGAUGGGUCCAAGCACAGAUCCAGCUGCCGUAGUCGAUCCUCAGCUGCGUGUGCAUGGCAUACAUCAUCUACGUGUGGCAGAUGCAUCAAUAAUGCCGCAUGUGCCGGCUGGCCAUACCAAUGCGAUUGUCAUCAUGAUUGCCGAGAAGGCAUCUGAUAUGAUUAAGAAUGCGUGGCGCAUGCAGACCAAACCAGUGACUACAUAAAGCUUUUAAAAGUGUUUGUCAGAAAUAUUUAUUGAUUAGCUUUCGAUUCAGUCAUUUGUUUUAAGUGUUGCAAUGUUUUUUUCAAUGUGAUGAUGAUAC